AUGGCGGCAUCGGCGGCGUGGUCGUCGACGAGGAGGUGGAGGGGUAGUGGCGCGCGGUGGCCUUGCUGCUCAGUGAGUGAGGAUGUGAUGGAGGAGGAGCGGCCCUUGAGGUGGUGCAGUGGAGGUGGAGAGCAGCUCGGCUUCCUCCCCAUCCUCUCUCCACCACCUAGUCCUACCGCCUCCCCGCUCCACCGCCGCGACGAGCGACCGCGCGUGGCAAUGGCCGACGAGCACUUCUUCCCCGGCCCCGGCGACUUCCCGUCCGGCCUCGGCGCCGCGCCCUUCUUCGGCGCCUCCUACUCCUACGCGCCGCCGCCGGGGCUCGACGCCGCCGCCGCGAUGCAGGGGUUCGGGCUGGCGUGGGCCGACCUGCAGCUGCCCGACUCCUCCGGCACCGCGCACUUCGACUCGGCGCUGAGCUCCCUCGUCUCGUCCCCGGCGCACGACGGCAGCGGCUGCGGCUACGGCGGCGACGACGUGGCCAUCGGCGACCUCAUCGGGCGCCUCGGCAGCAUCUGCGGCGGCGCCGCGGCAAGCGCCAGCAACUCCUGCUACAGCACGCCGCUCAGCUCCCCGCCCCGCGCCGCCGCGCCGUCGCCGGCCUUCCGGGGCUGCUGCGGCUACCCCGGUGGCGCCGCCACCGCGGCCCUCGAGGCGUCCGGCGCCGGCGGCAGGCUGUCCCGGGUCGCCAGCAGCAAGUCGCUCGGCGCCGGGGCCGGGACGCCGGCAUCCGGGAGCCCCGAGGCGGAGGCGAGCCGCCCCGAGAUGGUGCCGAUGGGCAGCGGCAGCACCGGAACGCGGGACCGGGACCCAGCGCCGCCGGCGAAGAAGCGCAAGGCCUCGGGGAAGGGCAAGGCAACCUCUUCGGCCAAGGGCGGCGAAGGCAAAGAUGGCGAUGACGCCGACACCGCGGCGGUGAAGGAGCCGGCCAAGGACUACAUCCACGUACGGGCGCGGCGGGGGCAGGCGACGGACAGCCACAGCCUGGCGGAGAGGGUGCGGCGGGAGAGGAUCAGCGAGAGGAUGAAGAUGCUGCAGUCCCUCGUGCCAGGCUGCAACAAGAUCACGGGGAAGGCGCUGAUGCUGGACGAGAUCAUCAACUACGUCCAGUCGCUGCAGCGCCAGGUCGAGUUCCUGUCGAUGAAGCUGGCGACGAUGAACCCCGAGCUGGACGCGGACGCGCGCUACCAGGCGGCCGCGGCGCUGUUGGCGCCGCCCCCCACCGCGUUCCCCUCCUCCUACGACCCGUCGUCGUUCGUCGCGACCGCCCACCCGGCGCAGCUGGCGGACUCGUGCGCCGGCGCCUUCCGCCCCGGCUGGGCGGCGCAGCUGGACGACCUCCGCAGCGUCGCCGGCGCCGCGCGCCACGACCACAGCCCGGCCGCCGCCGCCGCGCACGGGCACGGCCUGCACGCGCCGCCGUCGCCGCCGGCGCGCGACAGUUUCCUCCACGGCAAGUGA